AUGAAUGUAACUAAUAAUAGUAAUACCAAUAAUAAUAUAGAUAAUAAUAAUAAUAAUGAAAUAUCUCAAGUAGUAAAAUUGGUAAACUCUAAUUAUAAUAUAAAAGAAAAUUCAAACGAAUCUUUAAUAUCAAACGAUGAGGUUAAUAGCAAUUAUAAUAACGAAAGAGAGGAAGAAGAGGAUAUUAGCCUUGUCAUAAACAACUAUAAUAGCCAAAAUAGCAAUAUUGAAAUCACUACAGAUGGAAAUGAUAGCAACGAAGAUAAUGAAAAAGAAAACUUUAAAGAUUUUAUAUAUGAAAAAACCCCAACAGCCAAAGAACCCCAUAAAAAAUUUUCAAUUUUUUCAUUUUUUAAUUUAAUUAGAAAUAAUAAGAAGAGAAUUGCUACAGUUUUUCUAAUUAUUAACCUGGGCUUUCCUGUAUUUUUAAGCUAUAACAAUCCAUCAUCAAUGGUCCAAAUAUUUAAAAGAGAAUAUUCAAUCGAUGCAACACAGUUCGGAAGGUUAUAUUCAAUAUAUGCGCUACCAAAUGUUAUCAUGGUAUUUUUAGGUGGAAUUUUAGUAGAUUUGAUUGGAACAAAUAAAAGCUCUUUAAUAUUCUCAACUAUUUUGACAAUAUCAACAAUAUUAGCUGCCAUUUCAAGUUCGACACAUAGUUAUGGAUUAUUAAUGUUCUCAAGGGUUCUAUUAGGUUUGGGAGGUGAAUCACUGUUGGUGUGUAUAGCGACAUUCAUUACAGAUAUGUUUGAAGCAAACCAAGUCUCAUUGGUUAUGGGUAUAGAAGCUACAUGGGUACAGUUUGGCUCUUUGGUGGCAUUUGGUGUACUUCCUUCAUUUUAUAAUGCAUCCAGUUUCCCAAUGACUAUGUGGUUUAUUGCAAUAAUUGCAUCAAUAGGUUCAAUUUUAAAUAUAGUUUUUAUUAUAUAUCAACCAAAAUUAAGAUUUAACAAAGAACAACCAAUCCCAUUAGAAAACAUUGCAGAUGACGAGGAAACUCCAUAUGGUGAAAAUUCAGUGGCUAUAGAUACUGAAAGCCAACUAUCUUCAGAAAACAAAUCAUUUUUAGUAUUAUUUAAAGAAAAUAUUAUUCAAGCUUUUCAUAUCGUCAAAUCAAUGUCAAUGCGAACUUGGGUACUAACGAUUGUAGCUUUCUUUGGUUAUUCAGCAUUCUUUGGAUUAGAUAUUAUUUUCACGGAUAUGGCAAUUGAAAGAUAUAACUAUAGUGAUGCCUUUGCCGCGGGAAUUAUGGCAUCAGAAACAUUUACAACUGGUAUUGUCUCUCCCUUAUUUGGCAUCUUUGUAAAGAAAUUAAAAAGAAAUAUUUUAGCAAUGGGUAUUGGAAUCACAAUGACCAUGGUUGGUAUAUUUUUAAUUGUUGUUACCGAUGUCAUGCCAAUGGCAUUUGUUAUCCUCAGUGGUUGUGGCUAUACAUUGAUGAGCAAUGCAAUUUACUCAUCCAUUCCCUUAAUUGUAGAAGAAGAUGGUAUGGGUACUGCUUACGGUUGUAUUGGUACAUCCUAUAAUAUAGGUAUUGUAUUAUUCCCAUUAUUUUUAACCUAUUUCCGUUCAAAAACUGGCGACUAUAUAAUUUCAAUGUGGAUUUUAAUAUUAUCCUCAGCUAUAGCAAUAGUAUGUCUUUUCAUAUUAAAAUAUUUUGAUAAAAAAGAACCAAAUCAUUUAAAAAGAUUGGAUCAUAAUGAUUAUAAUUUUUUAAAAUAUUUUAAAUUAAAAUAAACCAAAUAAAAUAAAAUAAAUUGUAUAGUUAUUUCAUAUAACUUUUAAACC